AUGGCCGGAGGAGGAGACAGCGACGAUGAAGAGGACACAGAUUCAGAAGACCCUGACGGUCUGAUUGCAGCAUUCGAAGCCCUGGCCGAAGCGCAGAAGGGCCAACAGGACCUCGAUGAGCUCGCAGAUUGCGAGGAUGAGCUGGAUGCCACGGCGGAGGGCGCGACCUGGUACCACAGAUUGGCGGAUGUGGAAGACAUGAUGGCGACCGACAAUGAAGAGCAGGCUGCCGCGGAGGAAGCUGAUGGCGCAACAAUGGGAGGCAGGAGGACCUUGGAUUGGUGGCGUGCCCGGCGGAACAAGCCUCUUUGGAGGGUGGGAGAGGAGAAGUCGAUCAUGACAGUGCAGCAGCUCGUCUAUGCAUUGUGCAAGGAGAAGAGGGAUGGCAAGAUCAGGAACAACGUCUUUGACAGGGUCUGCCGCUUGAUGAGCGCAGCCAUGCCGCGCGGCAACCUCUUUCCACCCAGCCUGCAUGUGAUGCGGGGGCUGCUAGAGUGUGAAGAGCCACAGAAAUAUGAGCAACAUGUGUGCCCAAACGACUGCAUGCGCUUUCAGUAUGCCUCCAAGUGUGACUGGGAGGAGCAUCAAGAUGACAGCUGCCCAGAGUGCACAGAGAGGCGCUUCAAUGUGAAGGAGGGGGCUGAUGGCAACACGAUCCUGACCCCACAGAAGGCCUUUUGGUCCUUUCCAAUCACGGAGGUCAUUCAGAGCAGAUUCUUCACCAACCCGAAGUGGACAGCAUUGCGCCGGUGUGACAUAGACAAAGCAGCUCAGGACUCAUGCAGCUACUUUGGAUCAGCAGACGCCGAACGCUUGAAUGAAGACUUCAAUGGCAAGCUGAUGGACCCCGAUGCUGGCUGCUAUGAGUUGGGAUUUGACUACGGGCAGGUUUUCAACAUUGCUACCCAUUCAGUGGGCAUCAUUUGCCUCAGGUCAGCAGACAUACCACAAGAGCACAAGGGCAUCAAAGAUUUCAGCAGCAUCUUGGUCGUGAUACCGGGCCCGAAGGAACCUAAGAAUAUCGACAUCUACCUGGAGCCCCUGCUAGACGACCUGAAGAACUAUGGCCCUCUAGGGGAUGGAGUGGAAAUGAGGGAGCACAAGGAGUCGCCUGAGGGCAUCAGUAUUCGACGCUUUAUGCAUACCUUAUUUCUCGUAGCUUUCCAUGCGGACACACCAGCAAGGAAGGCUCUGCUGAAGUCUAGCGCUGUGGCAGCCUACAUGGGAUGCUGCUGGUGCCUCUUCCAGUCCACAAGGGUCAAUCGGGGCAUGUAUCCUCUGGGAUACUCCACUCCAGAGGAGCAGACGCUGCUGCACAAGGCAAUGGAUCCGCCUGUACCGCCACCGCGCAAGUACAUGUUCGACAACAGCUUGAAGCUCUCUCAUGACCAGCAGAUGUUCAUUUGCAAGGAGGUGGCAGAAGGCCGCUUUUCAGUGAAGAAAGCUGGCCGCAGCGGCACUUGCAGCAUUCUAGAGAAGCUCUCAUACCUGGACUACAACAACAUCUUCCUGAUGCCCGUUGCGCAUGGCCUCUUGAAUGGGCUUGUGAAGGAUUUCUUCAACACCGUCUUGCAGAAGGGAAAGAAGACUGAGGAAGCCCAUUGGUACAUGGUGAGCGACGAAGCAAAGGCGAUCCUGGCGCAGAGGGGCCGCGAGAUUCAGGUCACUUCUGAGUUUGGGCGGGCAUACAAGUGUGUCGUCACUCAGCGUGGCAACUAUACUAUGGAAGAUUACUUGGUUUUCACAGAGACCUUCAGCCCCAUUCUGUUGAGGCACGACGACAUCCUUCAUCCACAGGUGGCAGAGAUGUGGGAGCUGCUGCGGAGUGCGGUGCUGCACUACAUGCGCGCGGACACUCCGGAGGCCUUCACGCUGGAGAAGCGCCAUCAAGCCCGUGACAAUUUGCUGGCGUACGCGAGGCUCCUACAAGGACCGCCGCCGACAGAAGUGGAGGCCGAUGCGGAUGGAGAAGCCGCCUCACCGGUGCUGAGGAUGCCAGCGAGCAUGUGUACCCCCAACCUGCACAUGCUACUGUGCCGCCUGUUCGAGCAAGAGACCGCGCACGGCUGCGUGGCGCGCAACCUGGAGCUCUGGGUGGAGCGCAACAUUCAGUACCUGAAGGCCAACCUGAAGUUCCGCAUCACCAGCUGUCCCGAGCGGCUCUUCGUGAGUGACUACCUCAUGGACCUGGCAUUGGACAAAUGGGCACGCGACCCUGAGAUGCUCUCCUUCGACGACUGGUGCCCCUCGUACAGGAGUCUUCCGUUGAGGGGCAAUGAGGAGGACAUUGACAACGAGGGGGAUGAGGACAAUCGGCAACUGAUCGGCGUGGGGAAGAAAAUUCAGCGGCACCGGCAAGCAGCCAUGUAUGAUGUGGCACGCAGCUUUGUGAGGAGACUCCACCCGGAGGGAUGGAGCGUGGCCGCCAUCAGCCCCACUUGCGACAAUCUGCGCACUUACUUCCAGGCUGACAUUCCUGGUGUGGGCUCGGUGAACUCUGUGGGCUACUCACGUGCGAGGAGCAGGAUCUCCUACUAUGUGCUGUACAGCAUUGUCACAGGCAGGGGAGCCGAUGAGAGGGCAGAACUGCACGUGGCAAAAGUGAAGAGCUUCUUGAGGCUCAAGCCCACAGAAGACCAGCCAGGCGCGGGCACACUGCGCUUGGCUGUUUGCGAUGUGUUCCGACCUCUGCAGUCCUUGAAGGACGGGUCUGUGUGGGUCAUCAGCAAGGCGGGGGCUCUCAUGCAUGAAAAUUAUGCUCUGAGGUUGAGUGGGAUUGCUGCCCUGCUUGUCACUGCAGAGCCAAAGAGGCCGCGCGCCACCCCGGGCAGGCCCACCAAGCGGUAUUACUGCCCGGAGGACGAGGGCAGGGUGUUUUUGACUACCUUCGGAAACGUGUCCAAGCUGAAGUAGGGUGACCUUUGGGUACGAGUGGCCGUUGACUGCCUCAUGCUGGUUGGGCCCUGGCAGCGCACAGCUAGUGGGACAUGUUGCACAAGCAUGCCUGCCUGCAUGGUGUAGCUGCACGUACGCUAGUGCGACUGUGACAGAUCAUUGCCAUCAAUUUUAUUUUGUUGCACUGGUAUCACUGCUCUGUGUAUGUGUUGAUUGCUUUCUGGCCGUGUGAAGGGUGUCUGUGAUUGUAAUGAUUAUACACACACUUUGAGACUCUGUCUGCUU